CCUAGGUAUCCGGACGAUUGGAUAUUCUUCGGGGGUUUUGCGUAUUGUUCGCUUCGUCGCACUCGCGUCAUGCACGGCCACGUCGACGACAACAGCUUGAAGGCGCCGCUCGUGGACGAUUCCGCCCCUGCGGCAGCGGGACCGAAGAAAAACGAUACAUCGCUUCCUGUGGGUACGGCCAACGUGCCAUACGUGGCUUCGGUGCCAUCUGGCGGGCUGAAUCCAUACGCGGUUCCUCAAUACGACCCUUCCGACAGCUUUUCGGGCCACGAAAGCGGCUGGCCCCAAGCAAACAACUCGAGAUCCAACUUGUCUCCGCUGGGUGCGCGUUUGGACGUGUGGGUCAGCGGCAUCUACACGAUCGUCGCGGGUCUCACAGUCAUCCAAGGGUUCGGCAUCCUGCUGCACUUGAGCCUCUCGUCGGUCAUCUUGGGGCUAUACCUCAUGGCAUUUGGUGCGGGCUUGGUCCUGUACGACUUGAAAAGCAUCGUGUUCGGGAUCACGUUGGACACGUGGUUCCCGUUCCUUGGCAACUACCUCGGCCGCGGCUUCACGUUGCUGUUCUUGUUUGCCCUGAGCGCUCAGAACUUUCAGUUUUUCCAACUCCCGACGUGGAUCGUCAUUGUCGAAGGCAUUGGGGCGGCGCUGCACUUUGCGAUCUUCCUGACCACGCAGCCGCAGUAAUCGUCAAUGAAUUUCUCGUUAUGUUGUAUCUAGUAUAAGCGAUCAUGCGACGUGGUAGCAUCCUAUUUGUUGGGUAACAAUCUAUUAUCUGGUGGUCCAUAUAACGUUACUACUUCAUAUAUAUAUACAUAUAUAUAUAUA